AUGCCGCCUGUCAAGCCCGAGGAACGCGACGAGUUCGACGAGCUCUUCGACCAUGCGGGCGACCUCACCUCGGACUCUGCCCCUAGCGACAACGAUGGAGAGUAUACCGGCAAUGCCUCUACAUCGCGCGCAGCCAGGAGGAAGAAGGGUUCCUCGAAGAUUCUCGAGCUAGGCCAUAUCCUCAAAGCCCCGCGCGCGGCUCAGUUCUCCACAAGCACGAUCUACAACAUGAUCAAAGAGGACAUCGUCGACCUCGAACCCGAAUACCAGCGAGGCGUAGUCUGGCCCGCGGACAAGCAGUCGGCGGUUAUCGAGUCCAUCAUGCGCCACUACUACGUCCCGCCAAUCCUCCUCUCCGUGCAGAAGGAGCAGGAAGCCGGGGGCGACCUCACCUACGUCUGCAUCGACGGCAAGCAACGUGUGUCUUCGAUCUGCAACUUUCGAGACAACAAGAUCCCCGUCAGGGAGCCCUCCACCGGCCGCAAGUUCUGGUACAAGGAGGACCUCGAAACAGGCAAGACGCCCGCGCUCACGCCCGCACAGCGUCGCAAGUUCGACAAUGAGCAGCUCACCAUCGUCGAGUUUGACGACCUUUCGGAAGAGACCGAGCGCGACAUGUUCAGCCGUGUCCAGAUGGGCGUGACGCUCUCGUCGGCCGAGAAGCUCGGUGCGCACCUGGGCGCCUGGCCCGAUUUCAUCCGCCAGAUGGUCAAGCGGUACAUCGACCCUACGCCCUCGCUCGUGCACGACGAUGCGGGCAAUAACACGCUGCUGGUCAACCGCGGCAAGGACUAUCUCUUCAUGGCGCAGAUUGCUUUGCUCAUCAUGCACGCCAAGCAGUCGCAGUACGUGCCUUCAGCUCAUAUCAUCGACACCUUCCUCAAGCAGAACGCCGAUUCCAAGCCUCCGCCCAGCAUCCGUGCCAACAUGCAGCGCACGCUCGAGCGGUACGUGGCGCUGGCCAAUCACGAGCGCUACGGCGCAUGCAUCAAGCCCGAGAUCAAGCUCAACCGUCUGGGUCGUCCCGUCUCCAAGCCGCUCUCGCCCGCCGAGUUCGUCUACAUUGCGUUCCUGAUCUACAAGUUUCCCGACGCGACUGUGUCGCAGCUCUUCCGACUGGUGCAGGGACUGAAGCAGGAGGUGCGAUCGAAGUUCAAGGAUGUGCUGUUCAACUCGAACGUGGCCAGCGUUAUGCGCCAGUACAUCAACCACGCCACUACCACGCCGGAUGCAGAGUCGAUUGCGGCUUCGCAAGCGUCCGGAUCGAGCCCGCGCAGACGUCCUCGUGACGCGGCGGCUGACGACGACGAAGAUGCCGAUAUGCCACUGGCUUCCCGCCGCCGCCUCAAUGGAGGUCUCGACGUCAACCCAGACGCCGGCCUCUUUCGCGGCGUCAGCCAGGACUCGCCCUCCCGCAACCCUCUCAGCAACAUGUCGCCCGCUCCCGCCCGAACUUAA